CUUGCUGCCCAGCUUUCUACCGCAUAACCAUAUCUUGCUUUACUGUUGGGAAUAAUAUGAGGAAUGGCUUUUGGAUCCAAUACAAGUCCUGUCAGCUCUGAAUCCUUAUCGCCUUCUAUCACACCAAAGGGAUCAGUCCUUGAGAGAAUUUUCUGCAGGAUGUUUAGCUCUGGGAUGUUUUGCACAAGCAACCAAUCUCCUAGUAGCCGGAGAAAUUUCAAUAGGGAUGUAGAAGAGGAAGAAUUUCAGGAUGCAAGUACCCUUUGUUUAUCUUCAUACUAUAGCGUUUUUGUGGUCCGCCUUGCUAUCAUGGUCAUGCUAGCAAUUUUGAUUGGAUUGCUAACCUUACUAACAUGGCAUUUUACCAGAGUUUACACAACCAGGUCAUUGAACACAUUGGCAUUUGGGCUUCGACAUGAGCUACUUCAAAGGCCUAUUUUGCGAAUGUGGAACAUCCUCAAUUCUACUGUCGAAAUAGCAACUGCCCAGGUUAAAUUGUCAGAAUAUGUAAUCAAACGAUAUAGCAAGCCUGUAAAUCAAGCACAGCAAGCUGAGCUAUAUGAAGUCAUGAGGGAUGUAACAUGGGCAUUGUUUGCCAGCCGGAAGGCUCUGAAUUCGAUAACAAUCAGUUACAAAAAUGGUUUUGUCCAGGCUUUCCACAGAGACCAUAGAAGUAACAAUACAUUCUACAUAUACUCAGAUCUUUCCAAUUAUUCAAUAAGUGGAACAUACGAUGUCAGUAUGUUGACAUCUCGUCAAGGGUGGAACGACCAAUCUAUACACAACAACACAACAGCAAUUUGGUACAGAGAAACUCUGGAUCCUCUGACAGGUGUCAGGGUUGGAAGAAAAAGUCAAAUUCCACCAGAUGAGUUAAUCAAUAUUGCAGGAAUUUCGCAAGUACCUGAUGGUGCAGCGACAUGGCAUGUAGCGGUAAGCAAGUUCAGUGAUUCACCGCUGCUUUCUUCUGCACUUCCAGUUUGGGAUCCAUCCAAUGAAAGCAUAGUUGCUGUUGUGGGAGUUACUACAGCUCUUUAUAGUGUUGGUCAAUUCAUGAAAGAAAUUGUGGAAUUCCAUAGUGGACAUAUUUAUUUAACAUCUCAAGAGGGUUGGUUACUUGCUACUUCCACAAGUACUCCUCUCUUGAGGAACUCAACCACACGACCCGAGCUGAUAAUGGCUGUUGAUUCUGAAGACCCUGUAAUAAAAGCUGGUGCUCAGUGCUUGCAGAAAGAAUAUGGGAACAAGUUUCCCCCUAGUAAUGAAGUUCAUAUAGAGAAUGCCAAGCUUGGAGAUCAGAUGUACUAUAUUGACUCUUUUUUCCUGAACUUAAAGAGACUUCCUUUGGUGGGAGUUAUAAUUAUUCCAAGAAAGUAUAUAAUGGGAAAGGUUGAUGAGAGAGCUUUCAAAACAUUUGUGAUAUUGAUAUCUGCAUCUAUAUGCAUCCUAUUCAUUGGGUGUGUCUGCAUAUUCAUAUUAACAAAUGGAGUAUCAAAGGAAAUGAAACUGAGAGCAGAAUUGAUAAGACAGUUAGAUGCAAGAAGGAAGGCAGAGGCAUCAAGCAACUACAAAAGCCAGUUUUUAGCAAACAUGAGUCAUGAAUUACGAACACCUAUGGCUGCAGUGAUUGGCUUGCUGGACAUUCUUAUAUAUGACGAUUGCCUAACAAAUGAGCAAUAUGCAACAAUUACUCAAAUUCGCAAAUGUUCUACUGCUUUACUUCGGCUUCUGAACAAUAUUCUGGACAUCAGUAAGGUCGAAUCUGGAAAGCUAGUGCUGGAAGAGACGGAAUUUGACUUGACUCGUGAACUUGAAGGUCUCAUUGACAUGUUCUCUGUCCAAUGCAUUAACCACAAUGUGGAGACUGUUCUAGAUCUCUCUGAUGAGAUGCCAAAACUAGUCAAAGGAGACUUGGGAAGGGUUGUUCAAAUAUUUGCAAACCUAAUCAGCAAUUCUCUGAAGUUCACUACUUCUGGAUAUAUUGUUCUGCGGGGAUGGUGUGAGAGCCUGAAUGAUCUCACAAACAGCAGGAACUUUUUCUUCAAUCAGAAGGAUUCUUGGUCUGCACCUAAAGUGAAGUUGAAGCGACCAGAAAGACAUGAAAGAAGACCCUUCAAGAAAGAUAGCAAAACAGUUCUUUGGUUUGAAGUUGAUGACACUGGUUGUGGAAUUGAUCCAAACAAAUGGGAAUCUGUAUUUGAAAACUUUGAGCAAGCUGAUCCCUCAACAACUCGAUUGCAUGGUGGCACUGGUCUUGGCCUAUGCAUAGUACGUUCCCUGGUGAACAAAAUGGGUGGUGAGAUCAAAGUCGUGAAGAAAAAUGGACCGGGAACUCUGUUGCGGCUUUACCUGUUACUCAACACUCCCACUGAUGGUGCAGAGCAGCAUAGCCAUCCAACUUUAGCAGAGCAGACGACGACUGUGUUGCUUGCACUUAAUGGCAGAAUGGGUAGGCUAAUCAUGUCCAAGUGGUUAGAGAAAAAUGGGCUACAUACCUGUGAAGCAGCAGACUGGAAUGAGCUAACACAGAUGCUUCAGGGGGUUUUCGGAUCCAAAAAUAGUGUGCAAGAUUCUGGAUGUGAACAUUUUAGCGAUAAUAGUUCGACACUUUUGAUCGUAGUUAUUGACAUUGGCCUUCUUAACUUGAGCACAAAUAUUUGGAAGGAGCAGCUAAAUUUUCUGGAUAAGUACAGUGAGAGAGCAAAGUUUGCAUGGGUUCUUUACCAUGACACUUCCAAUUCCAUCAAAUCUGAGCUGCGCAAAAGAGGGCAUCUGAUGAUGGUAAACAGACCCCUCUAUAAAGGAAAAAUGAUUCAGAUUUUGGAAGCUGCUUUCACAAAAGAUAAAAAUCUCAAGUUGCAGUCUGCAGAAAAUACAGCUAUACAAGUAAAUAUGCAUGAAUGCCAUCAUGAAAUUGAUGCCAGCCACUCAUGUCUCACUAGCCCUGAUGAUUCUGACAAGUCAGAAACUGGGAAUGUUAGACCUGUGAGGACAUUCCUUGCUGGAGAGAAGACCAACAAGCAUUUCCGGAAUGUAUCUUCUUCCUCACUCUAUGCCACACUUAACAACUACUUUGUCGACAUCACUCAAGUAAAUCCGGGAGAAGAUGAUGCUUCAAGGGAGGAUGAUAGAAGAGGAAACAGGAACAGAUCAGAAGAACACUCGGGAAGCACUCGUCGUGUAGAAUUAAGCACUGUCAGCUCUAGUAAGACAGCGAACGAACAAAAAUCUCUGUCAGGGCUGCGAAUCCUACUUGCUGAAGAUACACCGGUACUUCAGAGAGUUGCAACCAUAAUGCUGGAAAAAAUGGGAGCUACAGUUGUGGUUGUUGGAGAUGGACAACAGGCAGUCGAUGCUCUCAAAUUCUGCAGAAAUGGUCCAAAUGGAUCUUCCCAGGAAGACGACACCUCACCAACCUCACCAACUGAAGGAUUCUGCUCUCCACCUUAUGACUUGAUCCUGAUGGAUUGCCAAAUGCCAAAGAUGGAUGGCUAUGAAGCAACAAAAGCCAUUAGAAGAUCGGAAAUGGAAACUGGUACACACAUUCCUAUUGUGGCAUUGACAGCUCAUGCAAUGUCGUCGGAUGAAGCAAAGUGCCUGGAGGUAGGAAUGGAUGCUUAUUUAACAAAGCCCAUUGACAGCAAGCUAAUGGUCUCCACUAUCCUUUCAUUAACAAAGAGAAAAAACUGACUGUUAAAUGUAAAAAGAAAGAGCUACAGAGGGAAAAAAAAAAAGGAAAGCAAAAUAAACAAAACAACAAAAUAGUUAGCUAGCUAGCUUUAUGCUGUUCUGCAGAACAUCAUGUAAAACAUUUUGUGAGCUAUAGCAGCCAAUGUAACACACCUUUGUAUAUUUGUGUAAAUUUUUCCACAAAAGAUGUAUCAAAAUGACUUCUUGCA